CUCCAGGUGGAGACCUUCUUUCACUUUAAACUGAAAAACCAGACCGGAAGUACUUGGAACCGGAAGUGUGGUUGUUUCGUAGUGACCUCGGCCUGGUGGCGGGAUAGUUGUUUCGUUAGCUGACGAGCAUAUUUGAUCCAUUUCGAGGCGGCAGAGCUCCAGGUGAACCCGCACACACUCAGUGAGUCCAGGACAACAGAGUCCAGCAGUCAGAGUGGAGACCUGCUGGAUCUCAGAGACCAGGACCAGGAGCCCGUUUCAGAAAGCAGCUUUAACAAACUCUGAGAUGGAAAAGUUUUCAGAUCCAGAACAGCUGAUCAGAGUUUGUUCAAUCAAAUGUGAGGAUGAAACCAGCCUUCAUCAAUGGAGCUCUGAUACUACGAUUCACCAUGGCAACAGAGACCAGGACCAGGAGCACUACAAGAGUGAAAUGGAGGAGGACCAGCAGAACCCAGACCAGCAGAACAACAAGGUCCCAAGAAGACCAGCAGCAGGCUUGUCCUCUGAUACCAUCGGUGUUCAGAAAUGGAGAGGAAAAAAGGGACCGAUUCAUCAGAGAUGUCACACUGGAGAGAAACUACACAGCUGUGACCUACGUGAGAAAAUGUUUGCUUUGGGCAGUAACCGCAAAGUCCACCAAUGCAUUCACACUGGAGAGAAACCCUACAGCUGUGAUGAAUGUGGGGCAGCUUUCCUACAACAGAGUCAUCUGAAAAGACAUAAACGCAUUCACACUGGAGAGAAACCCUACAGCUGUGAUGAAUGUGGGGCAGCUUUCCUACAACAGAGUCACUUAAAAAGGCAUCAACGCAUUCACACUGGAGAGAAAUCCUACAGCUGUGAUGAAUUUGGUGCAGCUGUCACGAAAAUGCAUCACCACAUUCAAACUGGAGAGAAACCCUACAGCUGUGAAGAAUGUGGGGCAGCAUUCCAGCGCCAGAGUUCCCUAAAAAGACAUCAAUGCAUUCACACUGGAGAGAAACCCUACAGCUGUGAUGAAUGUGCAGCAGCAUUCCGGCACCAAAGUAACCUGAAAAAUCAUCAACGCAUUCACACUGGAGAGAAACCCUACAGCUGUGAUGUAUGCGAGUCAACUUUCCAACGCCAGAGUCACCUAAAAACACAUCAAGGUAGUCACAGUGGAGAUAAACCCUACAGUUGUGAAAAAUGUGGGGCAGCUUUCCUACAACAGAGUCACCUAAAAAGACAUCAACGCAUUCACACUGGAGAGAAGCCGUACCGGUGUGACCAAUGUGGUAAAACCUUUUCUCAGAGUGGUCACUUCAAAAAUCACCAACGCAUUCACACUCGCGAGAAACCUUACAGUUGUGACCAAUGUGAUAAAACUUUUUCUCGGUUUGAUAACCUUAAAGUCCACCAACGCAUUCACAGUGGAGAGAAACCAUACUGGUGUGAUCAAUGUGGGAAAACUUUUUCAGAUGGUAGAUCCUUAAAAGUCCACCAACGCAUUCACACUGGAGAGAAACCUUACUGGUGUGACCAAUGUGGGAAAACUUUUUCUCGUUCUGGUCACCUUAAAGCCCACCAACGCAUUCACACUGCAUAAUUUUGAAUGUUUUUCAGAGCACAGCUAGCUGUUUCCUCCUGCAUCCUCCCCAUGCCCUGAUAGCUGUGUUGUUAUAUUCUCAGCUUCUCUCCACAUUGAAGGCAGACCAACAGUAAAUUCCUGUUCUAAACAGCAUGAUUGUUUUUUUGGCUAUAACUACAUACUUGCACCACCAGAAUCUUCCCAAUGGGACUCCGUUAUGUGGCUGAACUGUCAGAACAUCUGGAAGAGUAUUCCAAUCACAAGGAGGGAGAACCAACCACAAACUUUUAAAAAUCUUAAAGGAAAUUUCAGGAUUAUUUCAACCUGUCGUAUUUCCCAUAAAUGUAACCGUUGUGUCUCUAUGGGUCACGCUAACUUUGCACUCAGCACCUCAGUUAUAGAGAAUGAGGGAUCAAAGACUAGUACAGAACAUUGAUAUCAGGGACAGCUGCUCGAGCCUCCUACAACUUUCCAAAUUAACUGACUCGGUCAGAUUCAGUAACAACAAGUUAGCAUGACCAAUAGAGUCACAAUGGACAAAUUUAUGGGAAAUACAUCAGGUAUAAAUAAAGCUGAAUUUUCCUUUGAGAUAUCUGCUGGUACACCCUAAUGACAAGACAUUCACCUUCGACAUCAGAGACCAUCUUUGAACAAAGAAAGGGGUAACCCACCCUCCCCCCCAAGUAUUUUUUUAUUGAUUAAUCUUUUCAAUUAGUCGAAUAAACUAACGACUAAUUUAUUGAUUAUUCUAAAGAUUUUUUUAAAAAUCCUAAAAUAACACAUAACUAAUUUACCCCAAAUAAUUAUCAAAACCUUGUCUGAUUAAUAUUUCAAUAUUGUAUUCAUUCAUGUUCUCUUAAAAACAAACAAAUGUAACAAGAUUAUAGACCCUAUUUGUCAGAUGCCUGAUCAGAAAAAUACUGGACCUCAAAUUCAGAAGCAUUGCUGUGACACACAGAUUAUUUUAAUCACUGUGUGUCACAGCGACCCUUUCCCUUAACUUAAGAAUCAGUAGUUUUACUGAAGUACUUGACUUCAAACUUAAAAUGGUUAUGAUAUGGAUUCAUUUAAUCACUGGCCUAAUAAGAUCAUCACUGGCAAUCAGUGUGGGGCAAUGAAAGUAUUAGAAAGAAUUGACAGACUGUAGCGUUAGUUUAAGCCAUUUUCUCACUGAUAAAUGGCCGUUAAAGUAAACAGAAAAUAUAAAACGGCCCAAUAACGACGUUAGAUGACGCAUGUUGUAAUGUUACGUUACCAUGACAGCAACGGUGCAGAAAUUAAUUUUAACACAGAGGGGAUGAGAAAAUGUUUAGAAAAUGUAUUGAUCCAUUUAUUGUAGUUGAUCCAACAGAACCAAUCCCCCCCCCAUCCCCACCAUCAUACUGUAAAAUAAAGUUUUUACUGCCGAUCGUUAUCAGCCAACAUUCAGUAAAAAUAUGUGAUCGGGAGAUAAGCAUUAAUGCUUUCUUGUGAUGCUUCGACACACGUUAUGCAAAUCCUUUUAUUUUGAAACUUCUUCCAGAAAUGUUACCUGACCUCUCAGGGCACUAAGUGG